AUGGACCCAUCUGAUGUAACAGCACAGACAUGCCUUGAUGAAUGGAAUGACUGUGAAAAGGAAUACAUGCAACUAGAGACUGACCAUGAACAGUACAAAAGGAAAUUGGAUGAGAUGCUGGCAUUGCAGAAGAAGUGUCUGACAGGCAUUGCCAACCAAAGGAAACGACUCAAAAAAAUUCUGGGGCAUUGUAAAGAAGCUAGAAUACAGAACUUGGAUGGGGAACAGAAAGCUAUCCUGAAGGAACUGGAUAUCAAGGCAAAAAACCACAAAACUCACUUUCGUGAAAUGGAGGAGUGCCUUCCGCACAAGAACGGAAUAUACCUUAGCAUUAUCCUUGGACAAGUGAAUGUGUCAUUGCUGAACAAGGCAGAUAAAUUUGCUUACAAGGAAGAUUAUCACCAUCUUUAUAUCACCAUGCCACAGCAGGUGUAUUUGAUUUAUGGAGGAAGGUGGCUGGAUGCUCUCCAUAAUUUCCUGCUUGUUUGGUACUACUGUACUCUGACUAUCCGUGAAAACAUCCUCGUAGUCAACGGCUCCAGAAUCAAAGGUUGGUGGGUAACCCACCAUUUUAUAUCUACAGUUUGUGCAGGAAUAGCAUUAAUCUGGCCAGACGGCUACUCCUACCAGUCUUUCCGAACCCAGCAUGUCAUCUUCUCUCUUUACUUAAGCAUGCUGUAUGUUCUACAGUACUUCUACCAGAAAGGCUCCUUGUACAGACUUAGAGCACUGGGUAAAGGCCACGAAAUGGACAUUACUGUUGAGGGCUUCAUGUCGUGGAUGUGGAAAGGGAUCUCCUUUAUCUUGCCAUUCCUGUUUGCUGGCUAUUGUUUCCAGCUGUACAACUCCUAUGUGUUAUAUCAUCUAGCUCUUCAGUCUCCACAUUGGCAGGUCUUUGCCCUGAGCUUUCUUCAUGGCUUCCUUGGAAUGGGAAACAUUGCAACAACACUUUUUGUUGUUCAACAGAAAAUCAAGGAGCAGGUAGCUGGCUUGUAUAAAUCUCGCCUCCCCAACAAAUACAGGUUUAAUGCACGCACAAAAAACCUUUGAAUUAUCUUGACCACAGCUCCAGGACAAAAACCUGGAGGUCAUAUACCAGCUUUAGGAGGAUCUUACGCAAAUGACUUACAUUAAGGCUUGGUUAUCUUAAGUCUGAAACCUCUUUUGCAAGCAACGUUUUGUUUUGUUGAAAAUUGUUAACUCAUCUGAGCCUAAGGAUGAAGGAAGUAAUUUGUGUCUGUGGUUUUCUGUUGUCUGUCAGUUUAAGCAAAGUUUUCGUUUCUAAAACCACAGAAUGAAUUUCAGACAACUUUGGUGUAAUGCAUGAUUAGAUAAAUGUUGAUGAUAUUUUUAUUUCAUGCCUUUAGAACAGGUUGGGGGAUUAGAGGUUAGGCUUAGAAGAGUAAUUAACAGUUUUUUAGAAUUUUCUGAAGAUCUCAGUCAUAGAAUAGUCUAUAAAGAUAUUGAGAAAACUUCAGGUACUUCCGUAUCAGUGAAAACAAUACUCAUUCUGGUUCUUAAUUCGGCAUCAAGCAUCAAUUUGACAAUGAGCUAUUGUCCUCCUAUUGGUCAUGGAAGCAGAGAGUAAAGUUGUUAGAUUUUACAAGAAAUCAUCAAUGUUUCAUUAUCUUAUGAAAGUCAUAAGGAAUAAGGGCUUUUAUUGAAAUCUUACGAUUCCAAAUUUACAUUGAAAAAAUAAGAAUGGAAGGAGUUGAUAAAUGAUAAAGUCAAUCUGGAAACAUAGCCAUUGAAUGGCAAAAUCAUUUAUUGGGCAAGUGUUUAGGCUGUAAUUGAUUAGUUUUCCAGGACAUUGCCAGUAGCGGUUGUGAUUACACCUCACACGUUUCUAGUGCAUUGUAAGAUAUUACUGGAUGAGCACAUCACUGAAUCAGCACAUUACAAUAUACACUGAAAAACAAGAAAACGCAGCUAAAUGCAUUUAUGUAAUAACACUUUGGACUUCACGUUAUGUGCUACUCUGUGUAAGACUUUCGCAAAAUAAUAACUUCGCUUGAUUCCUUCUUACAGAAAAAAGUGCUAUGAUUAUUUUUAAUCCAUGACAGAUAUCUUUUAAACUGAUUUACCUGAAGAAGUAAAAAUGCAUAGUUAUCUCUGUAAUCUCGUACUUAUCACAUUUUGAAAUCAUUGUAAUAAAUCUAACUUAAGGGAUAUAUAAUCACUUGAAUAAAUCUGAGCUGUAUUACGGAUAUGUAAUCACAUUUAUAAAUAUAACCUGUGUCAGGGAUACGAAAUCACUUAAUAAA